AUGAACAACCCCGAGCAGAACCAGAACCCACCAUCCCAGGGAACUCGCCGUCGCAGUUCCGGCCUCAUGCCCGCCUUUGCGAGUCUCCAUGAACAUCGCCAGAACGCCAACGAUACCGCCAGACGUCAGAGCAUGUCCGACCAGCAAUCCAAACCAGGCGUAUUCGGCCAAAUGUUUCACAAGUAA